CAAAACAUUUUGGGUCGGUAUAUUAUGAGCUGAUCGGCUUACAAUAUGCUGCAGCCCUGGUCGAUAAAUUUCGAAGCAAACAAAAUUUAACAUUAAAUUGUUAUUUGAGAUAACAUAAGUGGUCUUUUGAAUAAUUUGAUAAUUGCGAAACGCAAAUAUGAGCGCCAUAAAACGCACACAUCCCUCGGCAGACCGGAAUUCUCAGCCAAUAUCGGAGGCUCUGCUCCAGCAGGUGGAUAAGAGUACACCAAACUUACGUCUGCUUGAAAUUGCGUCCGGUUCGGGUCAACAUGCCGGAUUUUUGGCCCCCCUGCUACCAAAUAUAAGUUUUCAAACAACGGAAUAUGAACGCAACGAUUUCAACUCAAUAAAAGCAUAUGCCGCAGACUGUGCGACUGGCAAUAUUUGUCCGCCGCUCUUUGUGGACAUUUCGCAAGAGCUACAGGAAUGGGAGGUCAGCACCCGGGCGCAGUUAAAGCUCGCCAGCUAUGAUUAUAUGCUCAACUGCAAUAUGAUGCACAUUACACCAUGGGCCUGUUCUGAGGGUCUAUUUCGUGCUGCCGGCCAGCUGCUUAAAGCGGGCGGCAAACUCUUCACUUAUGGACCCUACGCGUUGGAUGGCCAACUGACGCCCCAAAGUAAUGUCGAUUUCCAUGCGAAUUUGAGGAGUCGCGAUAGCUCGUGGGGCAUACGGGACAUCACAGAUCUAAAAAAGCUGGCCGAUCUGAAUGGCUUGCGGCUAGAGCGAGUGACCGAUAUGCCAUCCAACAAUAAGUUCUUAACCUGGCUCAAGCUGUAAGCAAUGAAGCAAAGUGUACAUUCAUAAAUGAACCUCAGACUGGAAUAGUGUACAGCAGAUACUACCUUCGACUUCUUCUGUAUGCUACAAAUACUUUGUAGUGCUAAGAGGGUAUUCCUACUGAUCUUAACAGUGGCACACUAAUCAACGUGUCUUACCGGAAACCAAAGUCGCAUUAUACUUCUAAUAAAACUGCUUGGCAUAGGGAUAAGAAAAAGGAGUUACCGUAUGGGUCGUAAAUCUUGCUAUGAGUAACUAUAAUUCUAUUUAUAAUAUAGGAAAUAUAUUUUAUUUAUAACGACGUCUGCUUAUCUGCUUAUGCCAAGCUAGUUUCACAAUUAAAAAUAUUUCAGGAUCUAUCUGCGUGCUACCAUAAUAUCUAUAGU